AUGUAUACAGAACUUUUGUUCUGUAAGUCCAAGGUUUUCGUCCACUGCAGUUCGAAAUCCGAGGAUAACAUCCCCGGAUUUCUGUUGAUCACUAGGGAUACCCAACAAGCCAACCUAGAUGCUACUUUAACAUGGAUCCCAGAGAAAGAACUGGAUAGGGCGCAAUACGAUGAAUUGAUGAGAGCGGAUCUGCAAGGCGUGGGAGCUCAGAGAAAAAUUAGGGUCAAGAAAGAUGUUGUCGUGCAGGCUCUUUACGCAGCGUGGGCGUUCACUGUGAAAGUAAGCUCAAUCUAUUCGAUUCAAUUUCGACCACCCAGUCCGAGCGGAUGGUGGUUUGGAUCAGUUGCUAUUCACUGCAACAAUCCGUCAGAAUUGGAUUCUAUUCCGGUUCUUUUCUUCCACGACAAUAUAUGCCCAUCCACUAGAGAAAAGCAAAAAAACUUGUCCAAGUCGUUUGAUCCUUUUAGCGGCAAUGACAUUUACUGGGGAGCAAAUGAUGUUCGCGAUGCGCUGUUAGAGGUGGCUGAUUUGAAGCAAACAUUUGUAGAUCCAUCAGUGUGGCUCGUGAACGCAACUUUGGAUGACCUCAGAAACUUCUCUGCAGACAGUUUGAAGCGUAAGAGUCAGGAUGCUCGCAAGGAAUCCUCAGCAGCGUCGACUGGAAGUACAAAGUUCUGGGACGUCCUGGAUCAGGCGAAAUGGAAUUUGAUGGCCAAAUUUGCGGAUCUGACUACCAAGUCCACGAACAAAAUGACUGACAUGUUCAACCAGCAUCCAAUAGUUAAAUUCGUUGACAAACACAACAGCAAUCCUUAUGUCAAGCAGAUAUUGACAAACCCUAAAGUGCAAGAGAUUCAAGACGAUUUUGAUUCGGCAAAGAUAUACUUAGCGAAAUGGGCGCUCGGAGUCAAGGAACAAGCUGAAAGGUACCAAACUGCCAAUGGUCUUGAUGAUUCCUAUAGGCGCUUGCUUUUUCACGAGCUAGGAAGCGAUGGAGAAGAUGUCCAAUUGACUGACGAGGAACUUAACAUUGCGCUGCAGCGAUCCCACCCUUUAUCCGUCAAUAAAUGGAAAACUUUUUUCGAUUCGGAAGGUCGGCUAGUUUUGACCGUCCAAGAGGUGAAGGAUUAUAUUUUCCAUGGAGGCAUUGGGGAUCCCAGUCUACGCAAGGAGGUGUGGCUCUUCUUGUUGGACGUCUACCCUUGGGACUCUUCCGCUGAGGAUAGAAAGGUCUUGGAGAAAACAUUGAGGGACGGGUAUCGUGCUAAUUAUAAGAGUAGAUGGGAAUAUCGUGAAGCUCAUCUCGACGAGGACGAAGAGGCGUAUUGGCUUGAUCAGGUCCUCAGAAUUGAGAAAGAUGUUAAGAGAAAUGACAGAGAUUUACCGCUUUACAAGCACAACACCGAAAAUGGGCAGCCACCUUCCAUACCGGUUGGUGAGGAUCAGGCCAAUGAGGAUGUAGAAAAUGACGUCUGGACGGUGAAAAAUCCUCAUUUACAGAAGCUGCGCAGUAUUUUACUCAGUUACAACAUUUAUAACAACGAUCUGGGUUAUGUUCAAGGAAUGUGUGACUUGCUGUCGCCAAUUUACUACAUUUUGGAGGACGAAGAGCUUUCAUUUUGGGCCUUCGUGAGCUUCAUGAAUCGCAUGGAGAGAAACUUUUUGAGAGAUCAGUCUGGCAUUCGGGACCAAAUGCUCACUUUAACCGAUUUGUGUCAUUUAAUGUUACCAAAGAUGAGUGACCAUUUGGCAAAGUGUGAUUCUUCCAAUUUGUUCUUCUGCUUCAGAAUGCUAAUUGUAUGGUUUAAAAGAGAGUUUGAGUUCAAUGACGUUUGCAGUAUUUGGGAAGUCUUUUUGACAGAUUUUUAUUCCUCGCAAUUCCAGCUUUUCUUCAUGCUUGCUGUCCUUCAAAAGAAUAGUGGACCUGUCAUGAAUAACCUUGACCAGUUUGAUCAAGUUUUAAAAUUUUUCAAUGAACUAAGAGGCACAAUGGAUUGGAAUGAUCUUAUGAUCAGAAGUGAACUAUUAUUUGUCAAAUUCAAAAAGAUUAUGGACAUUCUUGAGAGGAAGGAAGAGCUGAACGAAUAUACGCUGCUGACAGCAGAUGGAAAUGUCAUUACAGAGACCUCUGCAAUGGCCGUCGAUAAUUCGCUACAAGCUCAACCUUCACUAGUCACGGCCAAUUUGAAGCAGUUACUAUCCAAAAAAAUAGUUGUCAAAAGAGAACCACCAAGAGAAAAGAAUUCUAUAAGAUAG